AUGGCUAACCCACUCGUCAAUGGUCUGAAACAGGCCGUAUUUUUCGCCUAUGGGCUUUAUACUUUGCUUUGCUAUGGAUUCACCGCGGUGAUAAAGGGAUAUUUCUUCAAGAAAUCCGACGAGAAGGAGAUCUUGGAGUUACAGUUGGCUCGCGAUCGUCUCUGGAACCUUUCGAAGACCGUGUCUGGGUUGCACCAUCAGAUAAUCACCUUACGUAACGGGUUCAAGUUCCACUACGUCUGCAACGACCUGCCCGAGACCACGGCGGACACCAAGCCAUUGGUUAUUUUCAUCCACGGUUUCCCCGAUAGCUGGGCGAUUUGGCGCAAUCUCCUGAGCUCCCCUGCCGUUCAGCAGUCUGCCACGGUCGUUGCCGUGGAUUUGCCCGGCUAUGGCGGUAGUGAUGGCUUGGAUGAAUACACGGCUACCGAUGUGCUCGAGAACUUGACUGGGUUUGUCUUGGCCAUCAGGUCUAAGUACGGCGUCGACGGAGAUACGGAGGCCAACAAGAAGCGAACGAUUAUCGUGGGACAUGAUUGGGGCUGUGUUCUUUCCAUGCGACUUGCGUCCGAAGCUCCUGGGUUGGCUGAUCGAUUUAUCCUUAGCAAUGGCCCACUGACCCGUCUCGUUGUGUCCAACAUUCGCCGACUGCUUUCUUCUUCCCUUAUGAUGCUCAAGACCUCUCUACGCACUCCUAUUCAGUCUCGCGCAACGAUUUUCAAGGCGUUGAAAGCCCUGAGGCCUGUUGUUCGGCAAUUGGGUCUUUCGGGAUACAUUUUCGCCAUAAAGAUGCCCGUUUCUUUCGUUCAGUAUUUUGGUACAGGGGGGAACUUCUCUUUUCUCAAGAUAACUCACAGAAAAUCGUACGGGUCGGAUAAGUAUACUCCUUUGGACGCCGCAGACUCCAUGGCAAGCACAAUGGGCCCGUCUACCGAGGAACUCAAGACACAGACCGCCGGCGGUCAGGGAUACCCAGCUUCGAUUUCCAAGGAACGCACGCUUUCGAAUUUCAUGCACAUGGCAUCUUACUACCGGGACAACACUGCUCUGGCACGCUGGCAGAAGUCUGCCGAGACCAUCGCCGAGCUGCACAACAUCCAGCAUGGUAAACGAGUCAGUUCCGGCGCGGGACUGUUUGACGAAGGUCCGAAGGGCACCCUGAAAGCUAGCUCGACCUUUGUGUGGGGUAAGGCCGACAUGGCGCUCGAUCCGCAAUUGUGUCUGGCCGGAAUUUCAGAUUAUCUUGUUCAGAAUAGUCAGGUUAUCGAGCUUCCUCGAUCCGGUCAUUUUACCCCCAUUGAGAAGGAGAGUUGCGCUGCCCUGGAGAAGACGGUCGAGUGGGCUGUUCAGGGUGAGAAAGAGGAUCUUGGGGCCGCCAUCCAGAGAUGCUAUCCGGGCGCUGCCGUGACCGUUCGAAAGUGA